UUUCCAGUUCCCAAUUUUCCUCUUCACUCACUCCCUCACCUCCAAACCUCUUCACUAUGACAAUUCAUAACAACAACACAACCUACGAUAAUGUUGCCUAAAUCUUUUGUUUCACGAAACCACAGGCAAACCAAACAUUGAUGUUUCUUGUUUUAUAUUGUUUUGGACCAAAUUAACAAUACCCAGAAAGGAUAUUAAUUAAAAAUUGAAAGAAAAAAAAAAUGAUAUUGCUGACUCAACAAAUACAAUACCCACUUUUUAUUUUUUCUUCGACCUAUAAAUCAAACCCUUCUUUCCAUCACCAUGUGCAACUUCAUCAAGGUUUCACUUUAGUUUCCCAAUUUUCACAAUUUCCCAUUAUGCCCAUUUGCGAUAGAAAGCUUAGCAAGAGGAGGAAUUUGAGCAAAUGUUUCUCUUCUUCUGAAUCAGGACAGUCUUCAUUGCCAACUGACCCAGAUAAGAAACAGGAGCAAGUGGGAGAAGUGAGUGAUGGUGUGGUGGCUGCAAAGGGUGAGAAUCCUGAUCUUAAGACACUUUUUAGAAGGUUCUGGAAAGUGGCAGCUCCUUAUUGGACUUCUGAUGAUAAGGUUCAAGCAAGAUUGCAGCUUGCUGGUGUUUUUGUUCUUACUUUGGCUACCACUGGAAUCAGUGUUGGUUUCAGUUUUCUUGGGAGAGACUUCUAUAAUGCACUUGCCAUUUAUUAAUGCAAGACAAGGAUCAAGAGCAAUUUACAAAGCAACUACUUUACUACUUGGGUGGCUUUGCUGGAGGAAUCCCGUUUUUCGUACUGAGAGAUUAUGCACGAGAAACUCUUUCCUUGAGAUGGAGGUCUUGGAUGACGAGAUAUUACAUGGAUCGCUAUUUGAAGAACCAGACUUUCUAUAAAAUUCAGUCACAGUCAAUUAUCGAUAAUCCGGAUCAGCGAAUUGUUGAUGAUCUAAGUUCAUUCACCAGCACAGCCCUUUCUUUCUCUUUGACUCUGUUCACUGCUGCCGUAGACUUGAUCUCGUUCAGUAACAUCUUAUAUGGAAUAUAUCCUCCCCUAUUUGUUGUUCUUCUCAUAUACUCUAUCGGUGGGACAGCUAUCAGUGUUUUCCUUGGAAGGGGAUUGGUGACUUUAAAUUUCUUGCAAGAGAAAAAGGAAGCAGACUUUCGUUAUGGACUUGUACGAGUUCGGGAAAAUGCUGAGUCGAUUGCUUUCUAUGGUGGUGAAGAGAGUGAGAUGCAACUUCUUCUGCAGCGCUUCAAAAGUGCUUUCGAAAAUUUGACGCAAUUGCUGAUUUCUUCUAGAAAUCUGGACUUCUUCACCAGUGGUUACCGCUACACCAUUCAAGUUCUUCCUGCUGCGGUUGUUGCUCCGAUGUAUUUCUCUGGAAAGAUCGAGUUUGGUGUUAUUAAUCAGUCAGUCUCUGCUUUUAAUCACAUCCUCGGUGACUUUAGUCUCAUUGUGUACCAGUUUCAAGCUAUAAGUGCUUUUUCUGCUGUCAUUAAUCGGCUAGGUGAAUUCGAUGAUAUUUUGGACAGAAGCAACUCUAAAUCUCUCCCUGAUUCUUUGGAAGACAUAGAUAUUAUGUACAAAGAUUUCUUAAGUUCAUCCGUAUUGGAGUCUAAUGGAUCGACUCCACCAGAGAAACCUGAAAAGUUACUGGAGAUAGAAGAUUUGAUUCUGAAGACACCAAGUGAAUCUACACUUAUUAGAGACUUAUCAUUGACAAUCAAGGAAAAGGAUAAUUUACUGAUAACAGGACCAAGUGGAAGCGGUAAAACUUCUUUAUUAAGAGCUAUGGCUGGUUUAUGGAAAACAGGAACUGGAAAGAUCGUAUACUACGUAAAAGGAGGGGAAGGCACUGAGAAAUCCAUUAGUUCAGAUGUGAAUACUCAUGUAGUUGAUAUUGCUCGUGACACAUCCAAAGACAAAGGGAAAUCCAUAAGCAGAAAAUUCGGAAUUUUUUUCCUACCGCAAAAGCCGUACAUGGUUUUGGGUUCUCUUCGUCAACAAUUACUUUAUCCAACUUGGGGUGAUGAUGACGUAGUUCCCACAUCAGAUAGUAACGAACAAAAAAAUGUGCUUCCUUUCUUGUCAAACUCAGAAGAUAUGAAUAAUGAACAAAUGAAGCCAAAUACGGAUGAGUUGAUAAAGAUCUUAGAGGAUGUCCGUCUUGGCUACAUAUUGGCUCGAUUCGGUUUGGAUUCAACACACGAAUGGUCCAGUGUUCUUUCUCUUGGAGAGCAACAACGCCUCGCUUUUGCUCGUCUUUUGCUUUCGAAACCUCAACUGGCUCUGUUGGAUGAGUCGACGAGCGCACUUGACGAGGCCAAUGAGGUUUAUUUGUAUGAAAAGAUUGCAGCAGCAGGCAUAACAUACAUCAGUGUUGGCCAUCGAUCAACCUUACGCGACUUCCACGACAGAAUCCUAAGAAUAUCUGCAAUUGGUUCUAACGAUGAACCGCCAAAUUGGUUCGUUGAACCCAUUAUAAGUGAAUCCUCUUUAAAAUUUACAAAUUUAUGAUUCUAGCGGGCUUUCGGUAUUGACAUCUAUGCUUCAAAUUCUAAUUUUAGGAAUAUGGAUGUCAACCAGGAAACAAGUUGUUAAUUGGAAUAACAUUCAAGUUUUAUAUACAUGUUUAUACAAACACUCAUAGAAGAAUGUUUUUUUUAUAAAGUUA